CGCAGUCUGUUCAGCCGUCUGCUGUCAUCCCUCACGCGCUCACCGGUUAUUUACCGGGCAACAGUUGCAUCAUUUGUCAACCGGUGCGGUACAGCAGCCCUACUUCAAUACCUCGAGAACACGGAAUCACGCAUUUGCGCGCGCGUUACACGUUCUGUCGGUUCAGCUCGAGCGCGGUGAGUCAGUGAGGCGGGAUUGGAUUAGUCGCUGUGCGCUGGUCAGUCCUCGUUCUGUUGGCGGUACCGUAACCGGGCGGCAUGAAACGGAAUGCGGGCAACGAUUAAAGCCUGUCGCACAGUCACAGAGACCGAUACUCGCGUUCGCGGCUUUAUCCGUUUGUGUUUUGUGUUUCCUGUAAGGCUGGAAAGAUUGACGCGUUAAGAAGGUUAUUCGGAGGCAGCGCUCACCCUGGAAGCACCAUGGCCGGGGGAAGCGAGGAAUCUGUGAAUGGAUCGUGGAAAAAGCAAGUGGAUGACAUCAGGAAGAUAUUUGAAUUUAAGGAAAUCCUCGGGACUGGGGCGUUUUCUGAGGUGGUCCUGGCCCAAGAGAAGGCCACAGGAGAGAUGUACGCCGUGAAAUGCAUUCCAAAAAAAGCACUAAGAGGAAAAGAGAGCGGAAUAGAAAAUGAGAUUGCAGUGCUGAGGAAGAUCAAGCAUGAGAACAUUGUGGCACUGGAAGACAUUUAUGAGAGCCCCACUCAUUUGUAUCUUAUUAUGCAACUUGUGUCAGGUGGGGAGUUGUUUGAUCGUAUCGUAGAGAGGGGUUUCUACACGGAGCAGGAUGCCAGCGCGUUAAUCAAGCCGGUUCUGGAUGCAGUUAACUACCUGCAUUCACUGGGGAUAGUCCACCGAGACCUGAAGCCAGAGAAUCUGCUCUAUUAUAACCCACAUGAAGAAUCCAAGAUUAUGAUAAGUGAUUUCGGGCUGUCCAAGAUGGAGGGUGCAGCCAAUGACAUCAUGUCCACAGCCUGUGGAACGCCGGGAUAUGUGGCUCCAGAGGUAUUAGCACAGAAACCUUACAGCAAAGCUGUGGACUGCUGGUCUAUAGGAGUGAUUGCUUACAUCUUGUUGUGUGGAUACCCUCCGUUUUAUGACGAGAAUGACUCCAAACUUUUUGAGCAAAUAUUGAGGGCCGAAUACGAGUUUGAUUCCCCGUAUUGGGACGAUAUUUCUGAUUCAGCUAAAGACUUCAUUAGUAACCUGAUGCAGAAAGAUCCAGAAAAGAGGCUCACUUGUGAAGAGGCUCUUCGGCAUCCGUGGAUAGCUGGUGAUACUGCGCUCUGUAAGAACAUCCACGAAUCAGUCAGCCGACAGAUGAAGAAGAACUUUGCCAAAGCAAAAUGGCGACAAGCGUUUAACGCUACCGCAGUGAUCAGACAUAUGAGGCGUCUUCAGCUCGGCAGCAGUAUGGAUUCCUCUCAACACAGGAAGCAGAAUCUAACAUCCAUGCCAGGGAAGAGUCAGUCGGUCGAUGUUUCCUCAGUCAACCGCAACGACUCCCUUGAGGAGGGUGUUAUCUUUGUCUAGGUUCGUCUGAGCGGCACACGCGGCCAUCCACGGUCACUACCAUCAUCACUGGCUCCAAAUGACGUCACUUCUUGUCAGACUGCUCACUUGACUGUUGCACUUUGUGGAAAGAGGUGUUUUCUUCUAUUUAACUUCCAUUGUCCACAGUCGCCCAAUCAAACCAGUUUUCCUUUCUGGAAAGCCAAUGGAGUGCUAUGAAACAAGACCGAUUCAUAAAUAGUGGCCUGUGUGAAUUUCAGGGGACUGUUUUAUGUGGCUGUUGAAUGGAGAUUACGAACCUUGAGAUGAAGAACAUCUGCUCUGAGUCUUAAUAGAAGAUAAAAAGGUGUAGAUAAAACGAUUUUCAUUCAUUAAAGAGUUCUCGUAACGUUUUGCUGCUUUAUUUCUACCUGCUGCUGCUUUGAAGAACCAAACGAUAAAGGAUGUGAGAUUCAAAUACAGGCUUUAAACCAAUAGCCACGUUUAUUGUCAUCCAAUAGGUAUAUACAUGAAAUUCGGUCCUGGAUGCGUCUGGCAUUUAUUAAUCAGAGAAUGAAGGAUGUGAAUAUUGUAUAAACAAACAGUAGUGUGUCGUUUAACGUUUUUAUCAGCAAUUUGUUAAUAUCAGUGAAAGAAUCUGGAGUGAUUUGUGUCAAAUGUUUCUGAAGGUAUAAAAUGAUGGUGAAAAGUACUAUUUUGUGUAUGUUUUGGAUUUAUUUAGUAAGCUUUGCUUUU